ACCUUUUAUAUUCCUUUAGCUAUGGUGUACGACGUUUAUCACAUCUUUUAUAUUCCUUUAGCUGUGGUGUAUGACGUUUAUCACAUCUUUUAUAUUCCUUUAGCUGUGGUGUACGACGUUUAUUACACCUUUUAUAUUCCUUUAGCUGUGGUGUACGACGUUUAUUACACCUUUUAUGUUCCUUUAGCUGUGGUGUAUGACGUUUAUCACAUCUUUUAUAUUCCUUUAGCUGUGGUGUACGACGUUUAUUACACCUUUUGUAUUCCUUUAGCUGUGGUGUACGACGUUUAUUACACCUUUUAUAUUCCUUUAGCUGUGGUGUACGACGUUUAUUACACCUUUUAUAUUCCUUUAGCUGUGGUGUACGACGUUUAUUACACCUUUUGUAUUCCUUUAGCUGUGGUGUAUGACGUUUAUCACAUCUUUUAUAUUCCUUUAGCUGUGGUGUAUGACGUCUAUUUUAUAACAAUAUUUUACCGGGAAUUCAGAUAG